AACGAUCCAACGCGCAUGCGUGAACAUUCGAUCAUUGCCGGAGUAGCUAACGGCUAGGCUACGAACCCUGCCGACAUGGAGAGGAAAGUUCUGGCACUCCAGGCAAGGAAGAAACGGGGGAAAGCCAAAAAGACCAGCAAAAAGCAGCCAGCCAAUCCUAGAUCCCGACAGCAGCCCCGGCAAGAAGCUUCACCUCAGGAACCCGAGGAACCUGAGGAAAUUCUCGGCUCAGAUGACGAAGAGCAGGAGGACCCCAACGAUUACUGCAAAGGGGACCUUUACAAUGGGAAAUACCACGUCAUCCGUAAACUGGGAUGGGGACACUUCUCCACCGUGUGGCUGGCCUGGGACAUCCAGGUGAAGAGGUUUGUUGCAAUGAAAGUGGUGAAGAGUGCAGAGCACUACACAGAGACGGCAGUGGAUGAGAUCAAACUUCUUAGAUCUGUACGAAACUCUGACCCCGUCGACCCUAACCGUGAGAUGGUGGUCCAGCUGCUAGACGACUUCAAGAUCUCUGGUGUCAAUGGAACUCAUGUGUGCAUGGUGUUCGAGGUGUUGGGACAUCACCUGUUAAAAUGGAUAAUAAAGUCCAAUUACCAAGGCCUUCCUCUGCCCUGUGUGAAGAGCAUCAUAAGACAGGUUCUCCAAGGCCUGGACUACCUGCACACAAAGUGUCAGAUCAUCCACACGGACAUCAAGCCCGAGAACAUCCUAAUGAGUGUUUAUGAGCCUUAUGUCCGAAAACUUGCAGCUGAAGCCACAGAAUGGCAGCGGGCUGGGGCGCCCCCCCCCCUCCGGUUCAGCGAGUAUGACCCACACUUGCGCACGCAUACUGUGAAAAUGUCCAAGAACAAGAAAAAGAAGUUAAAAAAGAAGCAAAAGCGUCAGGCAGAGCUACUGGAAAAGUGCAUCAUGGACCUGGAGGAGAUGGAGAAGACCACAGAAACACGAGAGGACGACGAAGAAGACGAGGAGCCACAAUCUCCGAAGGGACGAGUCUGCGCUCCUCUCCGACAGGUGUCCCUCCAGGAGAUAGGACAUGAAGAAACGGAGGAUGAAGUGGCCGAGGCCAACUGCAACGGCCAUGUGGAUUCGGAGCAGAGGCAGUCCUACUGGAGGACUGAAGACCGACACAAUGGUAAUGCCGACUCUCCAGAGGAGCAGCGAAAAGUGCCCCCAGUCCACCCCAUGUGCAACGGUGUGGAUUCUACAGACUUCAAUGAGUUGUACGAUGAGACUGAAGGCAUUGGAGUUAAUGAGGAACGCUUCCCAGCCAGGCUGGAUGAAGGAGAACUGGAAGAAAGCAUUUUGCAGGAGGCGGGCGAGGACGAGGCCGACUGUCAUUACAGAAACCAGGAGAGCCCGGGAAACGGCAAGCAGACGGCAGGAUCCUUACUGGUUAACCCUCUUGAACCAGUCAAUGCAGACAAGAUCAAGGUCAAGAUUGCAGAUUUGGGAAAUGCCUGCUGGGUGCACAAGCACUUUACAGAGGACAUCCAGACUCGACAGUACCGCUCUUUAGAGGUGCUCAUUGGAUCUGGAUACAGCACACCAGCAGACAUAUGGAGCACAGCCUGUAUGGCCUUUGAGCUUGCCACUGGGGACUACUUGUUUGAACCUCAUUCUGGGGAGGACUAUUCAAGGGAUGAAGAUCAUAUAGCACUGAUCAUUGAGCUACUGGGGAGUGUCCCACGCAAACUCAUUAUUACCGGCAAAUAUUCCAAGGAUUUUUUCACCAAGAAAGGUGAUUUGAAACACAUCACCAAGCUGAAGCCGUGGGGCCUGCUGGAGGUGCUGGUGGACAAGUACGAGUGGCCCCGCGAGGAGGCGGAGUGCUUCGCCGAUUUCCUGCUUCCCAUGCUGGAGCUGGUCCCCGAGAAGAGAGCCACGGCCGCAGAGUGCUUGCGCCACCCCUGGCUCGCCCUCUAGUGGACACUUCCAGCCGUUAUACCCCCCUCCCCUUCCCUCCCGCGUUCUGAAGAGACUGCAACAGAUCACUUUCCACUUUGGGCAUAUCAGAUGAAUAUUUAUUUCUUGUUUUGUUUAAUUGUUUUUUGGAUUUCAUAUGUUGUUAGUGUUGAGCGAUUGUCUCACUGUGCAUUUGCUUUGUAUUUGUUUGUUGCUCCUCUGGUGUGGCGACGUCAGGAAUCCAGUGGAUUUUUGUGACCUCGUGGUCAUGUUGGCUCCAGCUCCUGCACCCGAUUCAACCACCAAGCUAACCCGUCAUUGUACUGCUAGUGACUCAUCCUUAUUUGUUACACUCCUGCACUAAAACUCAAACAAAUUAAGGAUAUGUAGCCUUUAAUUUUUGUCCCCUUAAAAAGGAUUUGCUCUCACUUCUUCCUCCUACUUUUUCAUUAGUGCUGUGUUCUUUUAUAAUGAGUUAUUUUAUCUUAUAGCACACAUGUAAGGUAAAAAUUUUGUAUUUGUAAAGUAGGCGUAGGAAGUUGCACACUGGGCUGACAUUUACACUGACUGUGGUACCAUUAAUGACGUUUCUCCAGAGAGACUCUCUGGAGUUAUACUGACACUGUCUGAUGAGGUAGGUCAUAUUUAGCCAUAACAAAUCCAUUUUCACCUGGUAUUUAGUGGGCAGUUAAUAAUAAAUGAGAGCUUUCAUUCUCAUGGGAGGCUGGUAUUCUCAUAAACCUAUUAUUAUUCAGGUAUGUAGUGUUCAAAGGUUAAAACAAGACAAAAGUAAAAGCCCAACUUAAAGAAAAAAGAGAAAACAAGCUGUAUAUAUCUGUACCAAAGAGUUUGCCUUUAUGUAUAUUACAGUUAUGUACAGUUUUUAACAAAUCUUAUAUCUUAGCUAAAAUUAUUUAGCUGGGUAGCUGUGUUUUAAUAAAGUGUAUGAAAGGUGUUUGAGCUCAGUUGUAUGUUUGGCCAGCUGUUCAAUAAUGUCACUGUUUUUACCAUAGAGAUGGUGGGAUCUGAUGUUAUAUAAUGGUGUCACAAACUGAUCAUAUCAAAGUAACCUAUGUCAUCUGUUGAGACCUAAAGGUAAAAGCUAAGAUUUCCAUUAGUGUCACAUUCAAGAACAUAGACUUUGUGUGAGCUGUUGCUUUAAAAACCUGUACAACACACCAAUAAAACAGAUUUUCAUACAU